ACCACUGCGAACAGUUUAGUAGUACCACUUGUUGGUUCACUCGAAAACAUCACAUUCUAGCAGUACCGCCAAUUUAUACAUCAUGUCUACUGUCGUCAAAGUUUCUCUUUCCACUCAUUCACCUCGGAAUACUAGUACCAAACCGAGGAGCAGCCACUCCCGGGCCAUCUAUGACGAGAACAAUAUUAGGCCCGAAACCUACAAACCCCUCGAGGCCUUUGACUUCGACUCAGUUCUAGUGCCAGUGGCCAAAGGUGUUUUUGCAGUUCGAUCCUCCAACAAAAGCCAUCAAACUCGCGAAAGAAAGAAAAAUCCGAUCGCGACUAACAGGUUGAACUAUUUGUUAGAUAGUUUUCAGCAGUUUGUAGCAGAGGAUCCUGAGAUAUCGCCGUCAACCCUACGUGUAUGCCAAGAAGUCCUCCGGUUUAUCGCAAAACCAGAUCGUCAGCACGAGUGCGAGGAGUUUUGUGGGAUUUGGAGGGUUGAAUACGAACAAUUAGCGAGUUUCAUCGACGAGUCGUGCAAUUUCGGUGUAAAGCCAAGAUUGACGUACUUCGAAGCUGGCAGUACAUUGAUCGUCGAGGUGCCCUCGGCGGUUCAUGAAGCUCCUCUUCUCGCACUUCACGCGGCCCUCACGUGUUUCUUCGGGAACAUUCCCUUUGACGGUCAGGCGGUCAAUGCAAUCAUCUCAAGCAACAUCCGAGCAUCCAAGUCACUCGUCCCUGAUCUCCGAAUUUCCUCCCAAAAUAUGCGGGAUACCGCCUCCAAGACCGUCAUUCUCGGCCUUGCGGAAACCGCAUUUUCACAGAACUUGGAAAAACUGGAGGAAAAACUAGUAGCUGCUAUUGAGGCAAACCCAGCCUUAUUGCUCGUGUUUGCCAUUGUUGUAUCCGAAGACGCACCCUACCGUUCACUCAAGAGGAACUAGCAUGCACGCUACCGCAGGAUCCGUCGGAACGGUCAGAAGAAGACUUCUUGGCUGUGACAGGUGUCCUCCCUACCCUCAAUGUGCCAGUCAUCGCAGAAAACCGCACAUGGUGCUCAGUAUCCUCGAUAUGGUUCAAGUUGUGGGUGCGCGGGAACGAUCCUAUAGACAUCUCCACUGAUGAUCCAGAUUUAGUCGCAUAUGGGGUGAUGUUUCCAUUUCAUUUCAAAGUUCGUACGUAGUUAACGCUACUUUUACAGUCUGUCCCAGAGCACACCAUGUGUCCGGUGCUAGCUAUGAUAGAGA